AUGCCUUACAUGCUCCCAGCCAUAGUAGCUUUGUUGUCAAUCAUUUGCAUUUCUGGUGUUCUUACUGGUUCGUUCAGCACAGAGUACCCCAGAUCAUACACCACUAUUGAUAUGAAGGAAUACUUGGCUGACCGUAGUCCUCUUAUUGGACAAUCUUUUAUUCCGUGGCCACUACUAGACGGAAGAGAGCUAAACAUACAGUAUAAAGAUCUUUCAAUGGAGUACGAUCCACGUCUUCUACCAGCCCUAUGGCUUGGCGAGGUCCUCGAUUUCAUAAAGGAAGGAAAGCCCAUUGAGAGCUUGGAACUACCAUUCAAGUGGGUUUCGGCUUUGGAUUUGCAGUCGGCUUUACAAGCUACAGGUAUUGCGUCGGGGGAAGAUUGUAUAGUGUUUCAGAGUUCAUUGGGUUUGAAACAGGCAGAAGGAAUAUGUGAGCUGAUCGAGCUGCCUGACGGACUUCCCAAUUAUAGAAUUAUGGGGCCCACAGAUGAGCCACUUUCUGAGCAAGCCAGGACUUAUCUCGGUGCCAAUUAUCUAUUACACACCUUGAAGAUACCGAAACGAGCCGUGUUUCUUGGAGCAGGUCUCCAAAAAGAUAUACUGCUUGCCGUUCCAUUGGUAAGCGAUACCAACGGACAAUAUUACGAGAAAUCGGAUAUCAUCUCGUUGGUGAAGCGUGGCAAUGGUAAACAACAAAUACUGCUAAGCGGACAAGCUUUGCGGGUACGCAAAUCAAGCAAUGCCAUUUUUGAUCACAUUCGGCUUCCCAAUGCACCUAAAAAUUCAAACCUCAGCGCUUCCGAGUUUCAAGUCCCCUCUAUUGCCGAUCUUGAUUCCACUUUGAGGGACAACAUCGAAUCAGCACACCCAGAGCAGAAAUACUUCCAUGAAGCCAGUCUUUUUGGGAGUGGCAAGGGUUUCCAUUAUGACUGGCGAUUUUUCAAAACAAGCAACUACUCCCCAUAUGAAAGAACAGCAAUCUUGCAACGUCUAACGAGAGCCUGGCUUAGAUUCACCAAAGAGAUCGGACUAAGAGCCUGGCUUGCCCAUGGCACGCUCCUAGGCUGGUAUUGGAACGGUCUCAACAUGCCAUGGGAUGAGGACCUCGAUGUUCAGAUCACGAUGAAGGGUCUUGUUGAUCUUGCAAUAAACUAUAACCAGUCGGUGGUCAUCGAUCUCACAGAUAAUGAGCCCACUGGCCACAUGUACUUCGUGGAUGUCAACCCCCAUUUUCUUCAGCGAGAGCGAGGCAAUGGUGCAAAUGUCAUUGAUGCCCGUUUUAUAGACAUGUCUUCAGGCCUAUAUGUUGACAUCACUGGCCUAGCUGUGUCUGACGAUCUUGAAGCCGUGCAAAAUUCACCAGGAUCGAAGGACCAGUCUCGGCUUCAUAAAAUAUUCGAUCCCGAUUACGAGGAAACCGCGAUGCUGUUCGAUUUCGUUGAAGGGCUUCGAGAGUCAACAGAACGAAGGCUAAGGGAACUGGAGACGGAGCAGUGGAAUGCUGGCCUCCUUUACAACUGCAAAGACGACCAUUUUUUCCUUCUUGAAGAGCUUGAGCCGGAAAUGACGUACUUCGAAGGAGAGGAAGCGAUUGUUCCAUCAAAGUACAUGAAGAUCCUCAAUCGUGAGUACUUCAGGGGAACCAGAGCAUUGCAACAUCAAGACUGGUGGUUUUCACAAGCAUUUGGGCUCUGGCUUCCGAGAGAAGACUGCGAUAAAAGCGUCCCCGGCUGCAAGAAGGAGGAUUGGAUCUUGGAGGAAAUGUAUACUCGGCCGUAUCGACAUUCGCCCAAGAACCGCACGAUUGACGGACGUGGUGUUCCAAAAGUAGAUCCAUGGAUGUUGGGACGUAAUGGGCGAUUAUCUGCUAUGUCAUUGGGAUAA